AUGGCACCUCCAGAUACUAAAUAUCCAUAUAAGGCAUCUUCCUUGAGAAAGAGGAGACGAAAUUUCUCUCCUUCGACUACACCAUAUUCAAAUGAUGGGUUGCUAGCACUAGAUGAUCCAAAGCCGAAGAGCCAGUCUACAAUUAGAACCGGUGGGCAAGAUAACGUUCCAGACGACAAUAAAGUGGUGAAUAGCUUGAAUAAGUUGGGUACUAAAGUCUCAGUAAGUGAGAAACAGAAACAAUUGAAUAUUAAACUCUUACUAUGCAUGUCAGAGGCAGAAUAUUUUGAAUCUAGAGAAGACGAUAUAAGCAAAUAUUUGAAAGAAAGCUUUGGGAUAAGUGGCAUAGCACUAUCAAAACCGGUAGAGGGGGUUAUAGAUCGAAUUUUUUUUAUAUAUGGGGAUAUUAUUUCGAUAUCAAGAGCAGCAGUAUACGUUGCGUUCGUGUUGAAUGCAAGAUUGAAUAAUUUGAUUCCGAGUGAAUCUUACACAUUGAAGUCACCAAAUUAUAAUAUAAACGUGCUUCUCCAAGGGUCGUACAACGACGCAGUACUGUACUCGGGAAUAAAUAAAGUGGCUGAUAAUUGUGGGUUGAGAGAAUUCGACAUAUCGAGUCCUUUCAACUAUAACAAUAACCCUCGGUUGGUAUCAAUACGAUUAAAAGGUGACUUCAGUGCUUUGCUUAAUUUCCUAAUGUUGACUAUAGAUGCAUCUUUAUCUUCGGCGCAGACAAGAAUUGAUUAUAAUGACCAUUCCAAAAUCAAUCAGUCGAGGACUGUUAACGUAUUUGAUAAUGCUGGCUUGUUCCAAGUACAAGAUGUUAACAAGGGAGUCUUAGAUAAACAUGUAAAUAAUGUUUUAGAAUACGUUUACUCUAAAUCGUUUCUUAAGCCUACAUCAGAUGUGGGAAGCGAAUAA